ACGAAGACAACAAUACAACAUCACAAGCACGACUGCCUGGUGAUAGGCGCGGGCGGCGCCGGACUCCGCUCCGCCAUCGGCCUCGCGCAGGCCAAAUUCUCCGUGGCCUUGGUCUCCAAGCUGUUCCCGACCAGGUCGCAUACUAUAGCUGCACAGGGUGGGAUGAAUGCAUCCAUAGGCAGCAUGCACGAGGACGACUGGCGCUGGCACUUUUAUGACACAGUCAAGGGUUCUGAUUGGUUAGGCGAUCAGGAUUCAAUCCAUUACCUCACUCGCGAGGCACCUUACGCUGUAUUUGAACUGGAAAAUAUGGGGAUGCCUUUUUCGAGGACGGCGGAAGGCAAAAUAUAUCAGAGACAAUUUGGAGGUGGCACCACGCACAGGGGCAAGAAGGUGGCUAAGAGGACCUGCGCCGCAGAAGACCGCACGGGCCACGCGCUUCUCCACACUCUGUACGGCUACAGCACUCAGUUCAGCAACAUCAACCUGUUCUCGGAGUUCUUCGUGCUGGACUUGCUGUACCAGGACGGCGCCGUCGUUGGCGCCAUUGCCAUAGACAUGGACGAUUCCAGUUUACACAGGUUUCAGGCAAAGAACACAGUGAUAGCAACGGGCGGGUAUCCGCGCAUGUUCUUCUCUUGCACGGCCGCGCACACCUGCACGGGCGACGGCUGCGCCAUGGCCGCGCGCCUCGGCCUUCCGCUGCAGGACAUGGAGUUUAUACAGUUCCAUCCCACUGGUAUGUACGGAUCGGGAUGUCUCAUGACCGAGGGUUCUCGCGGCGAAGGUGGUUACCUCGUGAACAGCGAGGGCGUACGUUUUAUGGAAAAAUAUGCACCGAAUGCUAAAGAUCUAGCCAGUAGAGAUGUUGUAUCCAGGUCGAUGGCUACGGAAAUUCGUGAAGGUCGCGGAGUAGGACCCAAGAAAGAUCACAUCUACCUCCAGCUCCACCACCUCGGGGCGGAGACCAUCAAGAAACGGCUACCAGGCAUCGCGGAGACGGCCAAGACCUUCACCGGGGCCGACGUGUACACGGAACCGGUGCCCGUGCUGCCCACUGUGCACUACACCAUGGGAGGAAUACCUAUUAAUUACAAAGGAGAGGUGAUCAACCAUAUGAACGGCAACGACGUCGUAGUGCCGGGCCUACACGGGGCCGGCGAGGCGAUCAGUAACUGCCACGGGGCCAACCGGCUCGGGGCCAACUCCAUCCUUGACGUCGUGGUGUUUGGCAGGGCUAUAGGGAACAACAUUGCGAGAAUAGCUGUGCCCGGAGAGGCACAGCCAGACUUAAAAGAUAACUUGUGUGAUGCAAGUUUAGACAACUAUGAUAGAAUCAGAUCGGCAGCCGGCACUUUGGGACCGCAUGAACUGAGAGCGAAAAUGAGAGUUACUAUGCAGCAUAAAUGUGGUGUAUUCCGCACCCAAAGUUUAUUGGAUGAAGCUCAUAAAGAGAUCCAAGAAUGCUACAACGAAUUCGGGAAAGUAUACGUGAGGGAUAAAGGAUGCAACUGGAAUACGGACGUGAUCGAAACCUUGGAACUACAGAACAUGUUGCAACUAGCGGUGCAGGUGGUGGCAGCGGCCCGGAACCGUGUUGAGAGCCGCGGGGCGCACUUUCGAGACGAUUUCCCUAAGAGGCUGGACGAGCUCGAUUACAGCAAGGACACUAAGGGCCAGACAAAGAAGCCAAUAACGGAGCAUUGGCGGAAACACACGUUCACCAAUAUAGACCUGUGUUCGGGUAACGUGUGCAUCUCCUACCGGCCUGUGAUCGACACACCGCUGGACGACGAGGUCGACUGGGUGCCGCCGGUGCCGCGCGUCUAUUGAACACCCAUCACAGGACCGGGACACUUCGUCGUAGGUAAUUGACGAUGACGAAUAGUCGUCGCUCCGUACUCCCCGACAAAAGAGAUCUGAGAUGUGAACAUUACCUACAUAUACAUGACUGUAUGCU